AUGCCGCCGGCGCCCACGCGAUGGCGGCGCGGGGGCCGAUCGCCACCGCGUCUCCUUCACCGAGUCCUCCUCGUGGCCGCCUUCUCCGCUGCGGCCCUCAUGCUCCUCAUACUACUCCAGCACAGCCACGGCCCUAACCCCCCAAAUCCCUCCGCCGCGUCCCGCGCCCGCGACUCCUCGGGGGAGCUCCUCGACGACUCGCCUCCCGCGGAGCGGGAUCCGGAGGCUGGUGACUCGGCGGUCGCCGCUGACGGUUCCGCGUGCGCGACGGUGGAGAGGAUGGGGGAGGAGGCCGCGGGCGCUGGGCGGGGCUCUCCGGAGCAGGCCAGCCUGCGGGUCCGCGAGAUGAUUCGGCGCCACUUCGAGCUCCACGGAGCAGAAAGAGUGAGAACGCUUCCUGCCCAUGAAUUCUGCAAACAAGGCUUUGUGUUGGGGAAAGCAUCUGAAGCUGGAUUUGGCAAUGAAAUGUACAAGAUCUUAACAGCAGGAGCCUUGAGUGUCAUGUUAAACCGAUCUUUGAUCAUUGGGCAAACAAGGGGACUGUAUCCUUUUGGGGAGUACAUUUCUUAUACCAACCAGUCAUUCACUAUUCAUGAAAUCAAACAUUUGUGGAGGAAACAUCGUUGUGCUAGGACAUACGGUAGAGAUCUGAAUAUCAGAGUGGACAUUUUUGACAAUCCAGCUGAGACGAAUGUUCUGUGUAGUGACUGGAAUAGCUGGAAAGAUCCAAUUAUCUGGUUCGAUGGUGCAACAGAUGCAGUUGGGAUUCAGUUUUUUCUGAAGAAUGUUCAUCCUAAAAUGAAGGCUGCUGCGUCGGCUCUUUUUGGAUUGCCAGACUCAUUGUAUGCCAGGCCUAAUACAUUUGGUGAACUUAUGCGAGCUAUCAUAUCUCCAUCCAGCAAAGUCGAAGAAGCAGUUGACUGGGCUUUGAAGGGUGCGAAUCCAGAUAUUGUUUUGCACACGCGCAUGAUGGCGAAUAGGCCAAUCCGAGCAAGAAAAGCUGCAGUUCUUUGUAUUAAGAGAGCUCUACAGAUUAGCCAUAUCAAGGGUACACCUCUGGUGGCAUUGGUCUCAGACACACCAGCAUUUGUGAAGGAGAUAAAGUCAGACAUCAGUGAGUUUGCAGAGGUACUUUAUUUUGAUUACAAGUUGUUUGCCAAGACUUCUGGUCUGGAGAUAGUUGGAAGUGAUAAGCCUUUGGAUUUUCGUUCAAGAGACUGGGGAUCAGCUCCAAGGUGGGUGGCGUUUGUUGAUUUCUUUAUAGCUGCACAGGCCAGAUAUGCAGUUGUCACUGGAGCACACCGUCGUGUGGGGACCACCUACGCACAACUCAUUGCAGCAUUGGCUGCGGCAAACAGACAUGGUACAUAUGGCUUGUCUUUAAACAUGUCGUCGCUUUUUGCAUUUAGUCCAGUCUUGAACCUUCAACCUAAAUCAGCCUACCCUUUUCUUGUAUACUUAGGUCGAGAGCCUUCAGGCGCCAACUUCACGUUCCUAAGCAGCGUCCACAGUAACUUGCUGGUCGAGGGGCUCUUGACGCAGGUUGGAUGGGGUCAUAUCUGGAACAGAUACGCUGGUCCUCUAAGCUGUCGGCACCAGCCACACCAAUGCGCCUUGACCCCUCUCCUCCCUCCUGCUUGGUGGGACGGUCAGUGGCAAAGCCCCAUUCCCAGGGAUGUGAGGAGGCUACUGGAGUAUGGCGUCCGGUUAUCGAACACUGGGGAGGUGGAUGAGAGGCGCCUCGUGUUGCACUGCAGGUCAAGGAAAGAUCAUGUAAAGAGGUACCAUGUCCUUCCACCAUACAAGAACCCGGCAUCAUCAUAG